AAAUCAAAGGCCAAAGCUGUUAACAACUUAUCCUCAAAACCAUCAGACGAUGAAUUAUUGAAAUUAUACGGUUUAUACAAACAAGCCACCGUUGGUGAUGUCAACACUGACAGACCAGGUAUCUUUGCCUUGAAGGAUCGUUAUAAAUGGGAUUCUUGGAAUGAAUUGAAAGGUACCUCUCAAGCUGAUGCUGAAGCCAAAUACAUUGAACUUGUCGAUGAAUUGAUUGCUAAAUACGGCAGUAAAUAG